CUCGUUUUGGCUAUAAUUAUUAUCAUAUCAGAUGAUUGCUCGUGCAAACGAACAAGUCAUGGACAUUGUAUUGAGCUGUGCAGCAGUGCUCUUUGCAGCACUUUUAGUGUUCUUUCUAUUCAAGUUUUGCUACCAACCAUUCGGCCUGUACAAGAAGUAUGGCAUCCCAGGGCCUACACCACUGCCCUUUAUUGGCAACUUUCUCCUGCUGAGAAAACUGGGUGUGAUUGGAAUCCCGGCAUACCUCAGGGACAAAUAUGGACCAGUGUGUGGGAUUUAUGUAGGGUGUCGAAGUUUUCUGAUAGUGGCAGACAUCGACAUUUUGAAGAAAGUGUACGUGGACAAUUUUGAGAUAUUUACAGAGCGAGAGGUUCUCCCUGAAUUUUUUAAUGACGCCGUCGGCCUUCCUCAAGGACUUUUCAUGGCCAGAGGCAAUGAAUGGCGACGGAGCAGGAAGGCUGUAGCACCGGCUUUCUCUGCAAAGAACAUGAGAAUGGUGGCAAGUAAUAUUAUAAAGACUUGUGAGAAGCUGAGCAGUGAAUUUCAGGCCCAUGCUGAUUCAAUGGAGAGUGUGCAAGUCAACAAACUUGUGGAAGAGUUUGUAAUGGAGGGAACAGUUUCCAUGGUAUUCGGAGACAUGGGGGACAGUCAUAAUAAAGAGAAGAAGAUAUUUGUCAAGUGUGCAAAAGAGCUGUGGGGUGCAGUUGACGAAACCACUGUCACCCUUCUCUGGUUCACAUUAGGCCAUUUUCCAUGGAUGGGAAAGGUCAUAGGGUUACUGAUGACCUUCACAAGCAAGGGACAGUACUACAGAGACCUUUAUCGGGCAUGUUCUAAAAUGGUCACGGACACUAGUACUACUGUAAAAAAGAAUAAAACGAUAAUUCAACUCUUGUUGGAGGCAGAAGUAGAAGAAAAUGGAGGGUCACGAAAGAUGACUAACAAGGAGAUUGUUUCCCAGCUGAUAACGUUCUUAAUGGCUGGACUUGAGACAGUGUCCACGACUGUAUCUUGCACGGCCUACCUGUUAGCACUGAAUCCUGACGUGCAGCAGAAAGCUCAUGAGAAGAUUGAGGCGUACUUUCACUCAAAACCAGAUGCAUCUCUUCUCGAAGUGGCUCAAGAGCUGGAGUACAUGGAAAUGGUGAUUCAGGAAGCACUAAGAUUUUACCCACCAGCUGUUGGGAUCGGCCGUCUUUGCAACGAGACAAUUGAGAUCAAUGGAGUUACGAUACCAGCGGGAGUGACAGUGUAUGGAACAGUCAGAGAAAUCCAACGUGAUCCACGCUACUGGCACAAUCCAGAGAAAUUCAUUCCUGAAAGGUUUACAGCUGAAGAGAAGGCUAAGAGACCCAGCACUGUCUACAUGCCGUUUGGGGUGGGGCCAAGGAACUGUGUGGGAGCGAGAUUCGCCAUGUUAGAGGUCAAAAUGAUGCUCAUUCAAACACUGAGAACACUGAAGUUUGUGCAAGCCCCAGACACACAGGUUCCAUUGAAACUAAUGUAUAGGGUAUCUGUAUCACCGAGUGAUGGAGUGUCGCUCAGAGUAGCGUCAUGGUGAUGAACUACAUGCAACAGUCAUGCUGCAAUAUUGAUUCAGCUUUAAUUAAACCAUGAUAUGAGCAGUAAUACACACUAGUAUAGCUAGUUAUAUUUACUUUACACAUGCAUGUAGCUAGCCCUUAUAGACAAUGUUCCACGGAAUGACUUAUUUAAGGUUCAUGUCCAUUCACGACCAAUUGUGGGCGUCACUUCCUGUGA